CAGUUGCUGCCCAUCUCGUUGUUUCGGCCGCGUUUAAAAGGCGGGACCCGCCUCGUUCGUUCUUCACCCUCAGGCUCGAUCUACUUUCGCUGGUCUCCCUUUUUUAGUCCCUCUUCGAAUUGCCUAGCCUCUCUUACAUCUUGACUCAAGCCAUGUUUUCCGCAACCCUCCAAUCUCUCUUGCUCGCACUCGCCGUGUCUUCUGGAAUCGCGCAUGCCGAGGCGAAGGAAGCACGUCGCUCAGAGCUCAGCGCGCGCCAGGGCAGCCAUCCGUUCACAUUCGUGAACCGCUGCGGCGGCCCCAUCACCCCCGUCAUCGCGGACACCAAGUGCGGGUACAGCCCGCGCUGCGGCGACGCCGCAUCCUACUCAGGCCCACAGCCCGGCGCCAUCGCCCCGGGCGCGAGCGCGACGUACAACAUCAACACCGCGUGGGUCGGCCGCGUGUUUGCCUCGCACCCGCAGUGCGGGCCCAAGGGCGAGAGCUGCACGCUCGGGGAGUUCAAUCUCGAUACCGGCAGCCAGUUCACCGCGCAGGCGUAUGAUAUCAGCAAUAUCCAGGGCUUUACGGACGGCAUGGCAAUCAGCGCUGCGGGGUGCGCGGGUGUGUCGUGCCCGAAUGUCAACUGUGGAUGCACACAGGCGUAUGCCCCGGGUGAUCUGUCUGGCUGUGGUGCCGAUUUGCCUGUCCGCGCAUGUGGUCCGGGCUCUGUGGCUUUCACCGGGAGCUCCAAUUCAUUGCGUCAAAGUGCUUCCAGACCCUCUCCAGAGGCCAUCAAACCACCCCCUGGAAGCACUGAUUGGAGGCCAUCACUGGAGGCACCUCCCUAA